GCAUAGGAAUGGGCAAUGCGUAGAGCUAAAGAAAAUAUCUUGGAGUGAGCAGCAAAAAGCAUCAAGAGAGUGACAUUCCUCGGCGCAGCUGUCGUCAUAUAAAUCAUUUUCAGUAUACAGGGUGUUCGACAGGAUGCGUCCGAUAUGAAAGCUAGCUAUAGACUAGAACAGUUAUGUUGGUCAAGUUGUUAGCUAUAUUAUGAAUUACAAUUUCAGCUGCUUUAAUAUUUCAAUUCAGUUUGCCUUGAGUGAGGCACCCUCUAUUUGCCAAAAACACGAAACGGCGCCAUUUUCGCUCUGACUACUCAAAGAUUUAUCUUUGGCAUAGAAAUAAAACAGAUAUUAUUUAAGAGUCGCAGGGAAUGAAAGGAAAAAUAAUAUAAAUAAUAAUCUGUAUCUCGUGUUAGUUGUUUAAUGGGCACCCUGUAUGCCCAAUGCCACUCAAGCAAUACACCAAAUCCAUUUCAAUUAAUAUUUCUACGUCAGCGAAUAAACAAAUAUUGACUAAAAUCAAUACAAAUACGAUAGCAAAUUAUACAAGCAUAUAUACAUAUAUAACAAGAACUUAAUUUCGAUACACAAAGAGCAUAAAACAAAAGUAAAACAACAACCACAACAACGACAACAGCAAUUAUGAAUAGCAAACGCAUGAGUUUUUAUGUAUUUCCAACGUUUUUUUGGUUUCAUGGCAGAGCGGCGAAAGCGUGGAAACAUCGUGAGUUGGUGCAGUAUAUGUAUGUAAAUGUGAAAACCACUUGCACGAACAGUGCUGAAAAUAGAUCGAAGACAAGAAAUGUUAAAAAUAAAUACAACAAAUAUUAAAUCUAGUGGCAGAAGCCGCACUACCACAACCAGCGGCAGCAGCAGCUAAGCGACACGGUCGCCGCAGCAAUCAAAAAGAAAAAAAUAAUAUACACAUAUACAUAUAUAUAUGUAUAAAAAGAAAAAUAAAUUUUAGAAAAAGAAAGAGCAAAAAUGAACAGAAUUAAAACGCAGUCGCUUGAAGCAAGCAAAAAACCAAUCAGCGAGCAGAGGCUGCAACAACAACAAAUAGAGUAAAAUAAAAACAGAAGCCGCAUAGCCAAAACGCGAGCGAGUCCAGCAACAGCGACGUCUCCAUAAUAAUAUUAUCUUUAACAACAACAAGUACUACAACAACAACAACAACAACAGUCGAGCUGAGUGGGCGUCGGCUAGCGUUGGCAAGGACAGCCACCAAAAGCGACACGAAAGCUGAACGCUGAACGCUGAACGUUGACGUUGACGUGGACGUUGACGUCUACCGCGCCGUCUCCCUCGCCGUCUCUCUGUCGUCCCGCUGCCGUGUGCGUCGCCUUUGCCGUCGCACGGUCCGCGAAUCAAUUUCCGUUGCGGUGGCCGUUUCAGUUUUGAUUUCAACGUCGCUAGCGCCACGCGUGUCGCGAAUCCCUAAUGGCGCAGCUGCUCACCCAGCGAAUUAACGCAAGUGCAAGAGAUUGAGACCAAGACCCAGACCGAGUGCGAGUUCGAGUUCGAGUCCGAGUCCGUUUGAGAGGCUAGCGAAAGCGGGCCAAGAGCAGCCGCAACAGCUGCAAGUGAAGCCAAGUAAAAAGUUACUAAAAGAAUAUUUGAGAAAGCGAGUGAAAGAGCUCCUGUCCGUGCCGUGUCUGUGACUGUGACUGUGUCUGUGUCUGUGUCUAUGCUAAAGUCAAGUCAAAUGCCAGCUAGUCCGUGCCUGGAGCUGGGACAUCUGCCCGCAUUAUCCAGCGCUGCGGCGACAACAACAACAACGAUGCGACACAGAAGCAGCGCCACAAGGAUACGCAAAAGACUUUGCCGCUGCAGUGGCCAGCGGCCAGAGAUGCAACCAGAGCCAGCGGCACAACUCGAGUCGCCACUGGCGACAGCAACAGCCACAGCAACUGCAACUGCAACUGCAACCACAAUACGACGCACCACAACGAGCCCAAGGAGCAGCCCCGGCCUCAGUCUGAGGCUGAUCGGCGCCACGGCGGCGCUGGCCACGGCUGCCGUGCUGCACACAACGAACGCGCUGACCGCCACGGCUGGCGCCCUCGAUGCCGUCGCACUGCCGCUGCAAGGCACUGCCACGCCCCUGCCCGCCACACACGAUCUGAAUGCCACGCUGCUGAGCAGCACGUCCGGCGCGCUCUACAACGACAGCAGAGCCACGCUGGAUGCAGGACUUGCCGCAGCCGAGGGGGCCGAGGAUUGGUUCGACGAUCUGAUCUGGGUGCUCAAGGCAUCCGUCAUGCUGUUAAUCAUCAUUGCGGCCAUCUGCGGCAAUCUGCUUGUUAUUAUUUCUGUGAUGCGUGUUAGAAAAUUAAGAGUUAUAACGAAUUACUUUGUAGUUUCCUUAGCCAUGGCUGAUAUAAUGGUCGCUAUUAUGGCCAUGACAUUUAACUUUAGUGUGCAAGUAACUGGGCGCUGGAACUUCAGCCCCUUCCUGUGCGACCUGUGGAACAGCUUGGACGUGUACUUCUCAACUGCAAGCAUUUUGCAUUUAUGCUGCAUAUCAGUGGAUAGAUACUAUGCCAUUGUGAAGCCGCUCAAGUAUCCGAUUAGCAUGACAAAACGCGUGGUUGGCAUUAUGCUGCUGAACACAUGGAUAUCGCCGGCGCUGCUCUCGUUCCUGCCCAUCUUCAUCGGCUGGUAUACGACAGACAAGCACAAGGUAUUCGUGAAGGAGCAUCCCGAGCAGUGCUCGUUUGUGGUGAACACUUACUAUGCCAUCAUAUCGAGCUCGAUUUCGUUCUGGAUACCCUGCACCAUAAUGAUUUUCACUUAUCUGGCCAUUUUCCGUGAGGCCAACCGGCAGGAGAAGCAGUUGAUGAUGCGCCAUGGCAAUGCGAUGCUCAUGCAUCGCCCAUCGAUGCAGCCAUCAGGCGAGGCGCUGAGCGGCUCGGGCUCAUCGAAAACGUUGACACUGCAUGAGGUCGAGCAGGAGCACACCCCGACAAAGGACAAACAUUUAAUCAAAAUGAAGCGGGAGCACAAGGCCGCGCGCACUCUGGGCAUCAUCAUGGGCACCUUCAUUCUCUGCUGGCUGCCAUUUUUCGUGUGGUACACGCUCUCCAUGACCUGCGACGCGUGCCAGGUGCCAGACAUUGUGGUCUCGAUACUCUUCUGGAUUGGCUACUUCAACUCCACGCUCAAUCCGCUGAUCUACGCGUACUUCAAUCGCGACUUCCGGGAGGCUUUCCGCAACACGCUGCUCUGCCUGUUCUGCAACUGGUGGAAGGACAGGCACAUGCCGCUGGACAUUGACAUACGGCGCUCCAGCCUGCGCUACGAUCAGCGCGCGAAGAGCGUCUACUCGGAGAGCUAUCUCAAUUCGAACACGCCCUCGCAUCGCCGCCAGUCACAGAUGGUGGACAACUUAUAAUACAGGGACGAGGCGCUGCUAACGCCCAUUGCCCAGCAGCAGCAGCGGCUGGCGGCUGGCGCCGCGCCCGGCUCCCGGCUGGAUAACCCCAGGCCCAAGCAGAAUCUGGGCAGCCUGUCGGCCGAGGAUGUGCAGGAGAUUCAGAUCGAGAUACCCAUGGAGUAUAUCAACAAAUGGAACAAGAACAACAAUGCAGCAGCCGCCACGGCCUCCAGUCAUGUGUAAGAGACUGCCAGCAACAACAGCAGCAGCAGCAGCAGCAGCAACAACAGCAACAACAACAACCACAGCAACAACGACAACCACAGCAACCAAAGCCAGACAAUGGCCCAGUUGCAUCAAUCGAACAAAUGCAAUUACAAUUUUCCAUUAAUUUUUAAAAUUAAUAUGCUGCUUGCGCUCGCACUGUAAAUAUUUAAGUCAACAUUUACGGAUUCAGCCGUGUGCGAGGUGCACUCCAUAGGCGCGUUGUCUGUUCGCUUUCAUUUCGUUUUUGCUACACUGAUGGAGCUUCAAUUUGGCUGAGAAUGAGUAAAAAAGAGCAUGAGUGAUUUAUUUAUUAUUUAUAAUUUUCUUUGUUUGUGUAAAUAGUUACUUUAAGUUAAGCGCAGGUUGUAAACACAUUUCAAAGCCCGGCAAAAGCAAAGCAGAAGUAAAACUAAACUAAAACGUACGUUUAAACAUCAUACGAAACCGGCAAUCAGAAACCUAAAGCUAAGCAGCAAUAUAUAUACAUAUAUCGUCAUAUAAGAGAGCAGAAGAUGAGGCAACCAGGCAAUAGAGAACAAAAAAUUAAAUAUAGUAUAUAAAUAUAUAUAGAGAGAGAGUUUAACUAAAAUUUAAACUGUGCCAAUUAACCAAAUGACAAGUUAUGAACUAAUUAGCUAAACAUUGUAUAGAGAUCAAGUUGAACAAAUUUAUGGCACACGGAAUGCAAUUCAAUUGAACAGAGAAGUUAUACCCAAAUAUACAUGCAUACAUACAAACAUACAUACAUACAUAUAUGUAAGUACACAUACUAAAUAUGCAUAGAAAUAAAAUGUUAUGUUAUAUAUUAUUGAACGACAAUCGCAUGCAAUAAGAAUGCUCAAAAACCAAAAAAAAAAAAAAAAAAGAAGAAAAAAAUAUAUAUAUUAUAUAAUAAUACAAGCAAAUAGAGAAAUGUCAUAGUUAAACGAAUGCAUAAAUUAAAUGGAAAUUAACGAGUGUGGCAGUCAAAAUCAAAAGUAAUCUAGUGCAACUUAAAUAAAGCCCUACUAUAAAUAGAUCAAGUAUAUACAACGAUAUCGCUAGUUAAAUUCAAUUCGACGUGUCAAGUGUUUCUAUUCGAUGCAAAGUGUUCAAAGUGUGAGUGUGUGUGAGUGUGUGUGUGUGUAUUAAUUGCGUUGCAGUUCCUGGAAUAAAGUUGACUGUGUCGCCUGUAAGGGGAAGGCUUUUGCAUUGCUUACAAAGUCAGCAACUUGAUUCCAGCAACUGCGGCCCAAGCUCAACGUGGGACUAACUCAACCGAAACCAAAACCGAAUCUGGACUUCCAUAAAAGAAACAAAAAAAAACUAUGAAUAUGAAUUAUAAUCGAAGUGUUGACUUUAAAAAGAGCAGUUCGUAUCGUUCGCUAGGUCCUUUGUUAAUAUUAAUAAUAAAAAAUAAAAUAUCAGUUUGCCAUUGUGUUUAGUUUUCUUCCUUUGAACUGUGUGCAUUCAAAUGCAACCCAAGAAGCUUUUUAUUUUUAGAAAAAAUAAUAAUAAUGAAAUAGGAUAAAUAAUUUAAAUGUAAUGAAUGCGAAAAGGAAACAAAUGCUAAAAGCCACGAUUCUAGUCAGCCGAUAGAAAGCAAAGCAAAGCAAAAAUAAGUAAAUAAUAAAAGAGAAACGAAAAACAAAAGAAUACCACAAAAAUGCAAGGCAAAUCAAUUAUGAGGAGUGAAAGCUCUUUAUGUUAAUAUUGUAUAAAAUGUCAUUCAAAUCUGAUUUUCCUUAUCAAUGAUCGAAUGAUGGAAGCAAACUCCAAAGAACUUGUUAUAUUUUUAUAAACAAAUCAAUAGCUAAACUAAUUUAUAUGCCUAACGAUGUUUAUAUACCUAGUAUAUGUAUAUGUAACUGUACUUGUAUUUGUAUUUGUAUUUAUAUUUGUAUUUGUAUUUGUAUUUGUAUAUGGAUAUUAACAUGUAAAACGUGAGUGUUAUUUAUUUUUGUGCUUAACUACAGCAUUGCUAUGCCGAGAUCUAGAGCUAAACCAACAGAAACUGAAACUGAAACCGAAACCGAAAUCGAAACUAAUAGAGAAACAAACAGCCUCGAGGCGUUCAAACAGCAAUAAAAACCAAAAAAGCAAACCACAGAAUC